AUCAUUAUGUAGUGUCCCUCCUUAUCUCUUGUAACAGCCUUUAUUUUAAAGUCUAUUUUAUCAGAUAUGAGUAUUGCUACUCCAGCUUUCUUUUGUUGUGCAUUUGCAUGGAAUAUCUUUUCCCACCCCUUCACACCUUCAGUCUGUAUGUGUCCCUAGGUCUGAAGUAGGUCUUGUAGACAGCAUAUAUAUGGGUCUUAUUUUUGUAGCCAUUCAGCCAAUCUGUGUCUUUUGGUUGGGGCACUUAAUCCAUUUACAUUCAAGGUUAUUAUUGAUAUGUAUGUUCCUAUUACCAUUUUCUUAAUUGUUUUGAGUUUGUUUUUGUAGGUCCUUUUCUUCUCUUGUGUUUCCCACUUAGAGAAGUUCCUUUAGCAUAUGUUGUAAAGCUGGUUUGUUGUGAUGAUUCACCUUUGUUGUAAAGCUUGGAGUUGUUAUACAUGUCAUCUUAAAAAAAUUGGAAAAGGCUCAGUGUCUAAAAUGUCAAAAAAUUAUUUUAAACAUUAAGAAGACAUAGACAAACAUCCUACUGGUAAAUGGCCAAAGAUUCAGGCAGUUCACCUAGGAAGAAUCUAAAUGGCCAAUAAAGAAGUAAAAGGAUAUUCUGUUUCAGGGAGCUGUAAUUUAAAAUAAUGGUGAGAUACAAUUUCACAUGAUCUCGUUGGUCCAGAUCCAAAAGAUUGCCUUAGAAUAUCAAGCGUUGGCAUGAAUGUUGGGAAAUGGAGCGAACCUUUUCCUUGCUGGGGGAAGUGUAAACUGGUAUGACUUCCUCGGAGAGUCUGACAAUAUAAAGUCAAGUUGCAGACGGGCCUACUGGUGACCUCGUUGUGUUAGAACCACUCUUGUGCCUGCUCUGGUGCCCUUUGUGAGUGAAACAGUGGGAAGAACCCAGCUGGGCUUCCAUGCCUGUGAUAACUCAACUGUGAUACACUUGCAUCCUAUACAGCAGGUAAACCCAGUAGACUGAAUCAACAGAGAUAAAUCUCAGAAACAGAAUGUUGAGUCAAAGACUCUUGUGAAAACAAACAGGUACACAGCCUGGCUUGUUGCGUGCGGUCGCUAUUGGUUCUUAGGGGCUGUUGAUGCAUCUUUUUCUCUCUAAAAUUUAAAAGCUGGCACAGAUUUUUUAAAUAGUUUUAGUGUUGUAGUCUGAUCAUGUAUAUAAGAGCUCAUUACAUGCCAGCUACUGUUCUGGGGACCAGGAGCCAGGGCCAUAGCAGUGAGCAAGACUGGCAAAAUGUCUGCUCUCUUGGAGCUCACAAAUGAGGGGUGAUAGACUAUGAACAAGUAGAAACGUAACUAGACAGUGUGAAGGAAGUCAAGCAGGGUCCUGGGAGGCCGGGGGCUGAGGGUGGUCAGGGAAGGCCUCUCUGAGGAGCUGACUACUGAGCAUAGACCUGCAUUCUGAGAAGAGCAAGCAUGUGGAAAUUUGGGGCUAAAGCAUUCCAGGCAGAGGUGGAGCUGAUCAGAAUAAUGUUCAACAUCAACCCCCUGGAGAACCUGAAGGUGUACAUCAGCAGCCGGCCCCCCUUGGUGGUCUUUAUGAUCAGUGUAAGCGCCAUGGCAAUAGCUUUCCUGACCUUGGGCUAUUUCUUCAAAAUCAAGGAGAUCAAGUCACCAGAAAUGGCAGAGGAUUGGAAUACCUUUCUGCUGCGGUUUAAUGAUUUGGACUUGUGCGUAUCAGAGAAUGAAACACUAAAGCAUCUCACAAACGACACCACAGCUCUGGAAAGCACAGUGACCAGCGGCCAGGCCAGGAUGUCCACCCAGUCCCCACAGUCCCUGGAGGAUUCAGGCCCAGUGAACAUCUCAGUUGCAAUCACACUAACCCUGGACCCACUCAAACCCUUCGGCGGGUACUCUCGCAACGUCACCCAUCUGUACUCGACCGUUCUCGGGCAUCAGAUUGGACUCUCAGGCAGAGAAGCCCACGAGGAGAUAAACAUUACCUUUACCCUGCCCACAGCCUGGAGCUCGGACGACUGUGCCCUUCACGGCCACUGUGAGCAGGUGGUGUUCACAGCCUGCAUGACCCUCACAGCCCACCCUGGCGUGUUCCCUGUCACUGUACAGCCGCCGCACUGUGCUCCUGACACCUACAGCAACGCCACGCUCUGGUACAAGAUCUUCACAACUGCCAGAGAUGCCAACACAAAAUAUGCUCAAGACUACAAUCCUUUCUGGUGUUACAAGGGGGCCAUUGGAAAAGUCUAUCAUGCUUUAAAUCCCAAGCUUACAGUUAUUGUUCCAGAUGAUGACCGCUCAUUAAUAAACUUGCACCUCAUGCACACCAGUUACUUCCUCUUCGUGAUGGUAAUAACGAUGUUUUGCUAUGCGGUUAUCAAAGGCAGACCCAGCAAACUGCGUCAGAGCAAUCCUGAAUUUUGUCCUGAGAAGGUGGCUUUGGCUGAUGCCUAAUCCCACGGCUGCCGUUUUCUGAGAGAGACUGAGAGAACCAUAAUCAUUGCCUGCUGAACCCAGCCUGGGCCUGGACACUCUGUGAAUACAUUAUCUUGCAAUGUUGGGUUAUUCCAGCCAAAGACAUUUCAAGUGCCUGUAACUGAUUUGUAUAUAUUUAUAAAAAAUCUGUUCAGAAAUUGGUCCAAUGAUGCACGUGCUUCGCACUGGGCACCGCCAGAACCCUUCAGCCUCACCUGCGGACUUGGCGGGAUGAUCCUGAGUAGCGCCGGAGAGGAUUCGUGACCUCGCCGUCAGAGCAGGCCAUGCUGUCUUUCCCAGGGUCCCAGAGGCGCUUCACUGCUGGUGGGGUUGAGGUUUGCUUUGGUUCUUGUUUCAGCCCGAUCUGUACAGAAUGUUCAAAACAGUCUGCACCUUUGAUAUGAUACUGCAUUUCCAAAGCCACCCCAAUCCAUUUUGUGGAUUUUAUGUGUCUGUGGCUUAAUAAUUAUAGUAACAACAAUAAUACCUUUUUCUCCAUUUUGCUUGCAAGAAAACAUACCUAAGUUUUUUUUUCCUUUGAAGAAAAAAGUCACAUUUUAAUACUAUAAUUAAGACAGAUUUGUGCUUUUAUGUUGAGUAAAAAGUUAAAUAUUUAAAAGUCACCUACAUGGUACAGAUCUAAGUUUCAUUUUCCACGUGGACAGCGAGGAAUUCGGUCUUGUUUGAGUUGAGUUGGCACAGAAUGUUCCACUGUCUUUUUCUUCUCUGUUGUCCCUUCCCUCCAUUAUAAAAGUUAAAACAGCUUCCUCACUCAAAAGGGCUUAAAAAUGAAGUACACACGGCUCUAGAGUGAAAACGAGCUGUUCUCUUCUGGAAUGCAGAUGACAGUACGGAGAGACAGGGUGAUGAGUCGGUCUAAUAGUUAUGACAGGGUUUCUUGUUUUCUUUGAAGAGGGGAUGGGUUUUCUUUCCUGGGUGUUCUUUGGUUUUUUGGCAUUUAUUUUCAUGCAAUUAACAUUCUCAGAAGGAAAUGGCAACUAGUAGUAGAUCAGUAACAUUAAGUAAACGAUGCCUGUGAAAUUUGAAGGAAAGCAAUUCUGAUUUGCCAUUUAUCGGGAAAACCAAAAGCAUUUUUCUUUCCUAUAACAUUUUGAUGAUCUAAUUCCUUUAUCCCUGUUUUCCUUCCAAACCAUCUUCAUUUUAAAACAGUUGUGCAUCUUUUCCAGCCCUUUCUUGUUACUUGUAUUCUUACCAUUUUUCUUUUUCUUAAUAGCUUUUUGCCUUAACCCAUAGUCAUUAAUGAUUUCUGUGUUCUCCCAAGCCAUGUUAUAGCAGAAGGGCAGUUAAAACCUUGGGCGCGACUGUCAGUCAGCACUUUUUUCUCUUAACUCCAGGUCUGUAUUCUGUUCUAAAUUAGAACCAGCCCUGCAGUCUGAAAUAUAUUGGCCUAGAACAUUUUAUCCCAGGCUUUUUUUUUUUCUUUUAAUAUCCAGGCAUUCUUAAAUGGAAAACAUUUGUGGGCUUUUACUUAAGGUUGUUAUUAAAAUAAUCAUCAUAGUAACUUGAUAUGUUAAUAUUCCUUUUUUUCCUUUUAGUAUGUUCCAAGCGCAGUAAUCAUACUUGUCUAUCCAGUUUUUUUAUGAUAUGAGUUGCUUACAUGAUGCAUGGCUAACCGGUUAAUUUAGUUUUUCUCUUUAGAGACUUUGAGACAAGAUUGAGAAAGAGCCAUUUGGCUUGGCCUUUAGAAACAUCAGUAUCACUAAGACCAACAGAUUUAGAGGAAGCUGCUACUGAAUUAAUAAAAUCCCCAUGAAGUAGAGUUACAGGAAUAGAUUUAGAACUGGCAGAGUAAUAUAAAAGGAAGACAGGUGAAAAAAGUCACUUUCACUGGUUUGUUCGAUCCAGCUUGUUGCUAACAUUAAUGGCCCUUGUUUUAAUCACAGGGACUGGCUGGCAUCUGUAGCCAGGGGAGCAGGGACACUGUUAGGCAUGAGGAAAGGAAGUGCCAAAAAUGCCUGGAUGGUAUGACUUGUCAUGAGGUCGGGUCACUCACUUUAAAAUCCAGCAUUCUCCCUCGCAGGUGAUUCUCAGAGAUCUUCCGGAAACCCAGCGUCAGCCAGGUGUACAAAGGGAGGAGGGGAGCCCAUGGGGCCUGGGCCCACUGACCCUCAGCAAGCCCAGAGGACCUGUUACUACCUGGGCACUAGCAGACAAGGCCUCGUCCUCUGCUGUCUCCUGCUGGGGGGCCUCAGGAUGAGAAGAGUGUCACAGACAGGGUCUGUCUGCCAUUCAGGGGUGACCCCAUGCAGGAACACUGGCUCAUCCUCAGGCAUCUUGGACCAGAGUCCAAUAAAAGGUCAGCAACUUACUAUUAAAAUGGUUGUUUCAGAUCAUAUUGAUCUCUUUCCUUUUUCCUUUUGUCCUUUCACUGUAUGACUUGAAUCAGUUUUGAUUCUAUCUAUCUGUAAGUUUUUCUCGUCAUUAGGAACCUGCCACUUCGGUUGCGUUUUCUUUGGCAGUACGUAGGGAUUCAGCAUCCUAGUUUUUCAACCCUCCUGCAGGCACUGUGGGGUUUCGAGGGCCAGCGAAUCCAUUUCACUUACCUUGCUGCAUGAUGGUCAGUAGCUGAUCUGUUACGGCAUUCCCAGAUUAAUUUUCUGUGUUUGAAAUAUGUGCAUAUGUGCUUUCCAGAAUAAAAAAUCUGAAUUUG